AUGUCGCUCCCGGGUCUUGAGUUAACGCAGCCAUCUGAGGAAAGAUCGCAGGCACCCGCACUACCAUCACAGAUCAACCUGAACCCAGGCUCGGAAUGGCGGUUUGAGGUCGCCUUCGGGCACGUUAUCAAAGUAAAGCUUCUCAAUGGAACCGCCGAACUCUUCGGCACAGAGCUUGCCGAAUCGCAAACCUACACAUUCACCGGUACGAAGGCGGCAAUCUUCACAUGGCAUGGCUGUGCGCUGGAAGUCGCAGCAGUUGAGACAGCCCCGACUACCUCUGAUGGAGUCACACCGGCAUUAGGUCACGGCGCAGGAGGCUGUCAAAGCGAAUACACGGCAGAAGAGACGCCAAUGGUAGAAUAUGCCAAUGUCCACUUUGCGCUGGAGACAAUGCGCGAAGAAGCUCAAUCGAUAGGCAAGGAUGGCCCGCGCGUGCUCCUUCUCGGAUCUGAAAACACUGGAAAAACCAGUUUGGCUAAGAUCUUGACCGCCUAUGCCACAAAGAUCGGCCGCCAGCCGUUGGUCGUGAACCUCGACCCCACGGAGGGUAUGCUUGGCGUCCCUGGUACACUGACUGCGACCGCAUUCCGUACCAUAUUGGACGUUGAAGAUGGCUGGGGAAGCAGCCCCAUGUCUGGUCCCAGUCCCGUACCUGUCAAGCUGCCGCUUGUGUACAGCUACCCGAUGCAAAGCCCGCUGGAUGGCGAAGGUGUCGUAUACAGACCAGUCGUCUCGCGCCUGGCACUGUCUGUCACGGGCCGGAUGGCCGAAGAUGAGGAUGCGCGUGAAACGGGAAUCAUCGUUGACACGCCCGGAAUCCUUGGAACAGACAAGCCGGGCACCAUGGAACUCAUUAAUCACAUUGUCACAGAGUUCGCAAUCACAACGAUCCUGGUACUGGGCUCGGAACGCCUGUACAGUACCGUUGCCAGACAAUAUGACAACAAGCCCAGUUCCAGCGCAACAGCAGCUGUCUUUGACGAACAGAUCUCCGUCGUCAAGCUUUCGAAAUCGGGUGGUUGUGUUGACCGUGACGAAGCCUUCCGAAAGGCAACACGCGAGUCCCAAAUCCGUUCCUACUUCUUUGGCAACCCAAUCCCCUCCUCUUCACCCUCUUCCGCCAUCACACUCUCCCCCCACGCACAACAACUCGACUUCGCCUCCCUCCCCGUAUACAACUACACCGUCUCGACAGCAGAAGAUGAAGACGAAGACGAAUACGACCCUUCCCAGCUGGGCACAGGUGACUCCUUCCUUCCUGGGGGUGGCGGCAUGGAUGACUAUGCCCCACAAGAAACGAAGCAAGAGCAAGACCGCGCCGUGCCCCUCCCUGGCGUCGUGGGCUCAUUCUCCGAGGCUGCCGACAACGCGAAUUCCAAUGCCAACGCCAACGAUGGCAGCAGCGUUCCUCUGAAGAAGAUCCUCCCACCCGCUCCCUCUGCUCUGGCAAAUACGCUUCUUGCAAUCACCCAUGCACCGACCACGGCGUCCCCCGCUGAAGUCCGCGACGCAAGCAUCAUGGGCUUCUUAUAUGUCGCCGACGUUGACGUGGAGAAGGGAAAGAUCCGUGUGCUUGCGCCUGUUGGCGGGAGAAUGCCUCCACGCGCUAUUAUAUGGGCGAAGCGUUGGCCUGGGGAGUUGGUGGGGUUGGUGGGUUAG